GGGGCGCGGCGCCUGGCUUCAGAACAAUUUUUUCUGAAGCAAAAUAUCCUCUGCCACAUCAUCGGAAAGAAACUGUUGUUGUUGGUGAAGAAAACCAAAGGCUAAAUUGCUGUAUCUAGAACAAGAGGUGAAACCUAUUAAAAAUUUUCUGCAGUAAAGAGUGUAUUCCAUCCCUUCUCAACUUAAACUUGAUUUCAACAGCAACAUUAAAACUACUUGUUGAGACUUGUGCAUUUUGUUAUUUAAAAACGGAAUUCAAAGUGAAACUUUUUGAAAAGAUCAGUGGUUAUAUCUAAUAAAACAUACAGCUGUACUGCAAAUUAUACUGCAGCUUGAAAGAAACAGGAAUGAGCCAUUAUUCAAGGCCAUUUUGAUAGGAGAGUGAUAGGUUUUUCUGGAACACUGAGGAGUCUGCGACACCAAUCAUGCCUAAGAAGAUGAAAGGAGAGAAUUCAAAAGCAGCGGAGGCCAAGGCUAGGAAGGCCGAAGCCAAGGCUGUAGCGGCUUCACAGAAAGAGAAAGAGAUUGAAGAUGCUUACUGGAAAGAUGAUGAUAAACAUGUCAACCGGAAAAUGCAAAGAAAGGCUGGGAAAGAGCAGAAGCGACAGGAAGAACUUGCAAAAAAGCAAGAAAUGAAGAAACUUCUAGAAGAAGAAGAAAGUAAUAUCAAGGUCAAAACUCCGAGUGGAAAAGGAGGAUCAUCUAAGAUGACAAGAGCACAGGUUGAGGCCAAUAGAGAAAGGAUGGAACGAGAGAGAGCUGAAGCAGCUGCUGACACUAAGAAGCAGGUGUCUCACCUUGAUGCCCCAUUGGAAGAGAAUGUCAAUAUUAGGUUAGCUCAAGAUCAACAAGAUGGAGUUGUAUCAGCCAGGGAUGUUGGGGAAGCCAUCUCAGCUCUCAGUUUGAAGGAAGCAGAUCUUGAAAAGCACCCCGAGAAGCGUGCUAAAGCAGCGUAUGCAGCAUACGAGGAGACGCAGCUACCGAUCCUCAAGGCUGAGAAUCCUAAUCUGAGGCUGUCACAACUCAAACAGAUGCUGAAAAAAGACUGGAUGAAAUCACCAGAAAACCCUAUGAAUCAGAGAUUUCAGAAUUACAAUGCCAAGAAGUAGAUGAAACUAGGCUGCCAUCCAUAUGCUUUAAAGUUGCUUGGUAAUAUCGUAAGAGAUCCGUCAGCGCCGAAAGAUUCUGAGGUGGUAUUGAUUGGCGAAGCAGUCAGCCUGUUACAGAUGUUGGAUCCAAGUUUCAAUCUGAGCUAAAGUUGUCAUGCAGAGAAAUCAAAUAUAUUGUGAGAGUAUCUAGUCAAGAAUUAUGAUGCAAAGAAUGAAUUUGCACUCGAACUUUGUUAGGAUCGAGUUUGUUGGAUAUAGAUAUUUUAUCUCCAAGAUAUAUAUAAAAAAAGAAAGAUCAGAGAUGAAAUCUUUGUGACAACAUUUUUAUGUCAGAUGAUCUUUGAAGGUUGGUACGGUGAAACUGAUGAAGAGGUUUAGGGGUCACGAUGUGGUAACCCUGAAAAAUCCUGUUGGGUUUAGGAAUCCUAAAUCAAAAGCUAAUUAAAUGAUGAGAAAUGGAAUUUUACCAAACAAGAUGUGGAGAGGCUAAUCUCUUGCUUCAAGCUAUCUGCAUUUCAUUUCAAGAAAGAAUACCUUACUAAGUAUUUGACAUGUCUCAAUAUACACAAAGAUACAACUGAGCAAUUGUACAGCAUUUCUGGGAUACACUUUAUUCUGCGUUAUUAUUCUAAAAGAAAGACUUUAGAAAAUUUCAAGCACUGAUGAGUCAGUAGGUCACAAUAUAUUCCUUAAAAUUAUGGGCAUGCGCUAUUUCAUACAUUUCCUGCAGAAAGUGGUUGACCCAUUAAAUGUUUCUUUAGAAGGAACGGUAUAUAUUAUGUUUCAAUUACUUUUGAAAUAUUCAUAAUUUGGAUUGCAACAUCAACUUUGUUUGAGCUAAACAAAAUUAAAUAUGACUUCGUUUUAUUUACUUGUAGGUUAAUCAUUAAUUUGAAUGUUGAGGUUUAAACUAAACUACAAUAUUCGUUUUAUACAUUUCACUUGAAAUAAACAGAGAAAAGUACAUGUAUGGUAAAUUCAUUCCAGUUUAAGCAUGUAUCUGAAAAUUCUUUGUUAUCAGGACUGGAAUUCUCCCCUUCAUUUCAAUAUUCAAGGGUAAAUUACAAUACAUGAUUCCAGUUUCACUCUUAUUCAAUCAUGACAUUUUGUUAGGUUGAUUAAAAAUAAGCUUUUGAUAUUUAUUUAUGUGUUGAUUCUUAAUUAAAUUGUAAUGAAUUUUUUAUUAGAGAAGGGUUGAACACAGCACUAUAAUUGCCUAAAGAAGCAAGUGCUUUUAGUAUUGCACAUUUAUUCAGGCAACUCCGAAUUUAAAGCCAAGUGAAUUACACUACCCCAUGUGCUGUGCCAAAACAGAAGAGAGUAAGUUCCUUGUUAUACUUUUUUUUAAUGUUAGGUGCUACUGCUAUAAAAGCCUGUACAAUGUGCAUGUAAUGGGCAUUCAUGUGUAUGGAAUUUGACGUGAAGACUUGUAUUUUCUCUAUAAACCAAAUUUAAACAAAUUUUACGACCCUACAAUGGCAUCUUCCUUUUGGCAUUACAAGAUAGUACCAGACUAUCAGUAGUCUCUGCUAACAGUGAGGAAUGCACUCAUACUCAGCCUAUUU